UAUUGUCACCUUUUGAAUCCUUUAUAAGUCAGAGUGACAGCCAGAGCCAACAAGACUACUUUGCCUGGUAUCUCCUCAGCUAUUUUUCCUUGGCCUAGCUGAGAAAACCAUAAAGGUUUAAAAUGAGCCUCACAGACAUUCUAAGCCCUUCUGAUAUUGCUGCUGCUCUGCGGGACUGCCAAGCUCCAGAUUCCUUUAGUCCCAAAAAAUUCUUUCAGAUCAGUGGGAUGUCUAAAAAGAGUAGUAGCCAGCUCAAGGAGAUCUUCCGGAUUCUCGACAAUGAUCAAAGUGGCUUUAUUGAGGAAGAUGAGCUCAAGUAUUUCCUUCAGAGGUUUGAGUGUGGAGCAAGAGUGCUAACUGCCUCUGAAACCAAGACUUUCCUGGCAGCUGCAGACCAUGACGGGGAUGGCAAGAUUGGGGCUGAAGAAUUUCAGGAAAUGGUGCAGUCUUAAAGGUUCAGAAUGACCGAAUAGGACAGAAUUGGGAUGAAUCUGAAGAGAAACUGCAAACCCUGAAAAUCAGCAGUCCCUUCUGCAUUUCUCUUGGUAGUGGCUGUUAUUUACUCACUGCAUUAGAAACAUAAUGAAACACUGUUUUUUUUUUUUUCAUCGUGUGGACCAUUAACUCUGUUCUAAAUUCUGCUUUCCCAGAAAUUUCCCUUAAA